AUGGCCCGAUUCUUGGUUCAAGUCCUCGGUGUGAUAUGUGGGGGUAUUGGAAUGAUUCUAACCUGGAUGAUCACAUUCAUGCCACAGUGGAGGGUGUCUCUCUUUUACGAAAACAACGGACUGAAUUACAAUCGUGUCGAUGGAGUUUGGAUCAGUAGGUGGGAUGGGCUAUGGUCCACUUGCAUCAGUCAAGUGAGGGGCACAGUAACUUGUAACAGCUAUGAGUCCAUGGUCUCGGUCACAUCUGACUUAAAAGCCGGAAGAGUUUUGGUGGGUUUCGCCCUCACAAAAGCAGUAAUAGCUUUUAUAUUUUCUGUCGUUGGCAUGUCGUUCACUCGUUGUCAUGAAGAAGGUAGACAUGGAAAGAACUGCAUGCUCUUAACAGCUGGAAUCCUGUACAUUUUGAGCGUUGUCCUCAUCUUUAUUCCAGUGACCUGGACAACAAACAACAUUGUUCGACAAGCUUAUGAUUCUGCUGUAUGCAGUGGAGCGGUGAGGAUUGAACUGGGAGAGGCUCUAUUCUUGGCUUGGCCCACCAUGGUGUUCCUACUCAUUGGGGGAAUAAUUAUGUGCUGGCUUUGCCCAUGUCAAAGAGAGCAUAUUGAAUACAUACCACCUAAAGACCAAGAGAUGGAAUGCAGAGUAAUUCACCCAGAAAAAGAAUUACCAAGAUGCCAUGCCAGGGCUGAGUAUAUCUAA